AUGGAUGUUUCCAGCAACCGACUUUUCCGCUUUGCCAAGCCUGAAUGGCUGAACAACGCUGCCGUCCGUAACACAGGCGUCUACAUCUCCGGCGCGCUGUUCGCCGCAGGCUUCUUCUUCCUUAUCGAUGUCGCUUCCUUCUCGCACAGCCCCCGCAACGGAUCUGACGUGCAUAUCAAAUUCGUGGACUGGAUCCCUGGUAUUUGCUCGGCGCUUGGUAUGCUGGUUAUCAACUCGAUUGAGAAGUCACGGCUGCAGGCCGAUAGCUUUAGUUACAGCGGGAGUGGAGUUGCAUGGAAGGCGCGUUUUGUGCUUUUCUUGGGAUUUGCGCUGUUGGCUGGGGGUCUUGCAGGGAGCGUGACGGUUAUGGUUCUCAAGUACCUUAUUAAGGACUAUCCUAUUCAGACACUUUACUUUGGAAUCGCCAAUGUGGUAGCAAAUGGGUUGGUUAUGUUGAGCUCUGUCGUUCUUUGGGUGUCACAGAACAUGGAGGAUGACUAUACUUACAACCUUGCGCUGUGA